CCGGUUACCGUUACGAUCUGCUCAUCGUCGUCGUGAUAUUGUUUUUGAGACUGGCUUAGUCGCCAUCCAGAACGUCUACCAACAACAUCACCAUGAUACUCCAGGUAUCAUCAUUCUGUGUGCUUCUUUUAAUCGCCGGUUCUUGUUGGGCAGAUCAGCAACAGCAAUUGGGAAUCCCUAGCUCUCUAGAUGCAGAGUCUAUUAAUGACCUGGCCAAAAAGCCGGUGAAACUGGAUCCAAAGUUACGUAAAGCUUUGCUAAAAGUACUCAACCGAUUGGAAGAAGAAGAUAGAGUAACUGAAGUAAAACUGGCACAAGUUGAAUCACAACAAUUCCAACAAAAUCAACAACAAUUCCAACAACAACAACAAUUCCAACAACAGCAACAGCAACAACAGCAGCAGCAGCAGCAACAGGAGCAGCAGCAGCAACAACAAAGACAAAGGCAGCAACAUCAACGCAAGCAAAUACGAUUACUAGAUCAACAGCAAAUACAAAUACUAGGCCAACAGCAAAUACAGUUACAAGAACAACAGAAUAGAAAGUUACAGGACCAAGAGCAGAGAUUGGAGCUGCCGCAGGACCAAGAUCAGAGACUGGGACAGUCACAGGAUCAAGGAGUGCAAAGACUACAAUCACAAGACCCACAACAGCGACAGAACUCACAACUGCAAUUGCAACUCAACGUUCAAGAGCCAACAGAAAAGCUGCAACAAGAACAGCAAGUCUUUACGCCGUCACAGGCGCCGACAGUAGCAUUGCCCACUUCGACGGUAGCUUUGACCACUCGCACCGAAGCAUUGCAGCCAACCCCGACAGUCGCAUCGCCCACUUCAGUCUCACCCAAGGCGGUACCGUUGCCCACCUCGACGGUAGCGCUGUUGCCUCCACUGUUGCCGACACUGUUGCCGCUAACUCCUGAUUCAGCAGAGACCACCAAGCCUGAGUUGAUCGUCAACGACGACGUCAAUAACGCGCCGAACAAUGUGCUCCGCUCGACGCCGGCCUCGUCCACAGCACCGGCCACAAACACUGGCACCGAGGUUGACUUUUUCGAGGCACCACUACUGACGGCAUUCACAGUGCAACAGGACUCGGCAGGCAUUCCGAGGCGCAUUAUACCCAUUUUCACGGAACCGGGACAGCUGGAAAGGCAGAAGAUACAGGCCCUGGAAACCCGGGCGGAAUCGGGUGACAGUGGCGACCGGAACACUGUUGAACCGGACAGGAACGAACUGGAGUUCCUGAAAAGCGUCGAGUUGUCGAAGCAACAGUUGCAAUCUGUACAAACGCGAGAAGAACUACAGCAGCGAGAAUCGUUCGGCGUACAACAACAGCUGAGGUUCCAACAACAACUGCAACAGAGGGCGGUGCUCGAAGAACAGCAACAGCUGCAACAGAUCGUCCAACAACGACAACUGCAACAGCAACAACAACAACAAAAACAACAACUACAACAGCAACAACAGCAGCAGCAACAACAACAACAACAACAACAACAACAACGGCAGCGACAACAGCAGCAACAACAAAGGGCAGUGGUCUUCCAGCCGCAACAACAGCAACAGCAACAGCAGCAGCUGCAACUGCAAUUGCAACCUGUCCAGGGACAGCAGCAACCCAACCGAUUUGUCCAACAACAGCGACUGCAGUUCGGUGACGGUCCGUUGGCUCUCCUGCCGCAGUUCGCCCAGCAACAGCCAUUGCAGCAGCUGCAGCAACAGCGAGUCCUUAGGCAACCACAACCGCAGUCGUUCGGUUACGGGUUGUCAGUGCCCAGACUCCCUGGGGACUUGAACGUUGUGUAUAAGGUGUUGGCAUUGAACCACGAGGGCAGAAACGAUAACGCGGUCGGACCUCAGCCGCUGUUGUUCUGAUCGGCUUCCAAGUAUGCGUCCGGAAAUCCGACGACGUUGGCGACUAUUGUCGUAAUGUUAUUAUUAUUGUAUUACCACACAAGUUAUUGUUUUAUAUUUUUAAAAAUAUUUUUAGUCGAUUCGUUCCCUCCACACCACUUGCAGGGCCCGGCUCAGCACAAAAAAUUUAUCGUAAUGACGUAAUUUUCUAAGCACUCACUCAUGAUAUAAUAAAUUAUUAUUGUUUUCCAAGACACGUCAAAAAUGAGUUAAUAUUACCAUACGAAUUUCGAUUGUUUUAUAGCAAACCGGAGCACUAUUGUUUUUUUUAAGGGCAUUAUAUUUUAUUCUAAAAGCACAUCAAAUGUUUUUUUUUAAUAAUUCGAUUAAGUCUUGUCAUCUACAUAUUAUCUUUUUCUUUAACGACGACCGUCGUAACCGGGCAAACCGAUUUUUUUUAUUAUGCAGUUUAUAAUUUAAUAAUAAUAAUAAUAUUGUUAGUCUGUAUUCGUAUUAUUAAGUGUCG